AGGGUCACCCCUCACCCCGAGCUGGUCGUCCUGGUGCACAAGUUCUUUGGCAAGACGGACGCGCGGUGCCCCGAGAUGAAGCUGGCUCGCGUCCCCGAGUCCUCCUGCCUCAACUACGGCACGCACAGGCACACGGGCAGCCCCUUCAAGUACCCGCUGGUCAGCGUCCGCAACGUCUACAUCUUCCCUGGCAUCCCGGCGCUGAUGGAGCGUGCCCUGGAUGGCCUCGCCCACCUCUUCCGCAGCGAGCAGACCCGUUUCCACUCCCGCGCCAUCUACGUGGCGGCCGAUGAGAUCCUCAUCGCGCCCGUGCUGGACCAGGCCGAUGCCGCCUUCCAGGGUCGCGUCAGCUUGGGCUCCUACCCGGACUGGGCCAGCAACUACUACCGCGUGAAGCUGACGCUGGACUCGGAGUCGGAGCAGGACCUGGAGGAAGCGUAUCGCUUCUUGAUGGAGAAGCUACCUCCGGGCGUUGUCGUGCCGUUGGUGACGGACUGCGUCUCGCCAGCAGCCACGGAGGUUUAUGGCCUGGCUGAGUCAGGUACAGGGAUGGGGCAGAAGGUGGCAGCAGCACUGCGGACCAUCGAGGAGGCUUUGGACCGCUACAGCCUGGCCCAGCUCUGCGUGGGCUUCAACGGGGGCAAGGACUGCACGGCCCUGCUGCACCUCGUCCACGCCGCCGUGGAGAGGUACCCAGCCACGGGGGUCCACCGGCCCAUCCUCUACAUCCGCAUCGUAUCCCCCUUCCCCGAAAUGGAGCAGUUCAUCCAGGCAACUGUCCAGAGGUACAAGGUCCAGCUCUGCACGGUGGAGGGCUCCAUCCGGGAGGCCCUGACCCGCCUGAAGGAGCAGCAGCCGCAGCUGGAG